UAUAUUGUUAUUGUAUUCUGUGAUCUGUUUAACUGAAUUACCACUUGGGCAAUUACCAACAAUCAGCUGUUUAUCACUUCUACACUUUCGUUAUAACUUAUAAACUUUUAAUCAUAUUAUUAAGAUUGAUAAUCUCAGUAUCACGAUAGCAAUUUAUCGAAGUUACAAUAUUUUAAAUCUGUGGAUUUUUAUAUAAUUAUUAAAAACAUAUGUUUCCGAAACAUUUACUAUAUUCAAGAUGAGUAAGAAAUAUACUGAUACUGAAUUAAAAAUCCGUCGCGCUGAAAAAAAUGAUAUGUUUGCUGUAGCCGAAAUGAUUCAAGAGCUUGCAGAUUUUGAGAAAAUGUCGGAUGGACCAAAGAUAUGUGUGAAAGAUUUGCAACGUGACGGAUUUGAAACACAGCCACCUGCAUUUCGAUGUCUUGUAGCAGUAUUGUCCAAGGAAGAAACUGACUUUAUAGUGGGCUAUGCUCUCUAUUUCCCGACUUAUUCAACAUGGGAAGGCCAAUCUAUGAUGUUGGAGGAUUUGUACGUCCGGAAGAGAGAGCGCCGUCGUGGGGUUGGGCAUAAACUAUUCAAUGCUGUUGCCAAAGAGGCUAUAGCUUUAGGCUCUUCCAGGUUAGAUUUUCAUGUUUUAGAAUGGAAUGAUGCGAGGGCCUUCUAUGAAGGUAAGGGUGCAGUUAACUUGACCAACUCGGAGAAGUGGUGUUACUAUCGUCUCACAGGAGAACCAUUAAAAGUAUCUGCAGAAUUAGGAGAAAUGAAAUGAAACCAGAUUGUCAGUGCAUCAAUAUAUUGGAUAUAGACAUAAUUUUACAUAUUUCCUCAAAAUAUUCACAACUAAUGGGAGAUCUUGUUUGAAAAAUUUUGAAAAUUGUUUAAAUAAAGUUUUGCACAAUGCA